CCCGUCGUUGAUACCCGUGGUGAUAUAUUUGGCCCGGCAACACUUUCGUCAUGAGUGAGCAGAGCAUCUGCCAGGCGCGAGCCGCCGUCAUGGUGUAUGACGACGCCAACAAGAAGUGGGUCCCGGCUGGUGGUUCCACGGGCUUCAGCAGAGUCCACAUCUACCACCACACGGGCAACAACGCCUUCCGCGUGGUGGGUCGCAAGAUCCAAGACCAUCAGGUGGUGAUAAACUGUGCCAUUCCCAAGGGGCUGAAGUACAACCAGGCCACGCAGACCUUCCACCAGUGGCGCGACGCCCGGCAGGUCUACGGCCUCAAUUUUGGCAGCAAGGAGGACGCCAACGUAUUUGCUAGUGCCAUGAUGCACGCCCUGGAGGUGCUCAACUCGCAGGACACAGGCCCCACGUUGCCCAGACAGGACCCCCAGGUUCAGAAUGGCCCCACGGCAGAGGAGAUGGAACUGCAGAGAAGGCAGCUCCAGGACCUGCAGAGGCAGAAGGAGCUGGAACGGGAGCAUCAGGAGCGCGAGCGUCAGGAGAGGGAGCGUCAAGAGCAAGAGCGCCUGGAGCGCGAUGCACAGGAGCGUUUGGAGCGGGAGCUUCUGGAGCGGGAGGCGCAGGUGGAGCGCGAGGCACAGGCGGAGCGCGAGGCACAGGCGGAGCGCGAGGCACAGGCGGAGCGGGAGCGCCUGGAGCAGCAGGAGCGCAGCGAGCGUGAGCUGAUGGAGAGGGAGAAGGCAGAGAGGGAGCAGCAGGAGCAGUUGGACAGAGAGCAGCAGGACUGGGAGAGAGGAAGACGCAUCUCCAACGCCGCAACCCCUGCCGCCAUUGCAGCCGCCACCUCUGCCGAGCACCUCUUCCUGCCCGUGGGCCUGGGCCUGUCGGGGCCGGGGGAGCUGGACACAGGCCCAGAGGCCCAUCUGCCUCAGAGGGGCUCCUCCUGUACACCCCAGCCCCAGGAAGUGGCGCAGACCCCGGGGUCACCCGCUGUCGCCCCUCCCCCUCCUCUGCCCUUGCCACCUGGCUCCACUGUGACCUCCCCGGCCACCACCCCGACGACCGGCCACCCACCCCCGCCCCCGCCUCCCCCGCUCCCCCCAACGCUGACUCCAGGUGGGACCCCCCCUCCUCCUCCACCAGGUCUGCCUCCUCCUUCGGGAGCCCCGCUCCCUCCCCCGGCACCCCCGCUUCCCGCCGGACUGUUCUCCCCCGCAGAGGACCAUCCUUUCUCGGGCCUGGCCGCUGCCCUGGCCGGGGCCAAGCUGCGCAAAGUGCAAAGGAGUGACGAUGCAGGGGCGGCUUUGGCGGCGGCCAUGCUGGGAGCCGUAGGAGCCGCGGGAGCCAAAUCUGAAACCAGAGGCAACGGCCCUGUGCCUGGAGGAGGAGGGCUCAUGGAAGAGAUGAGCGCUCUAUUGGCCAGGAGGAGAAGAAUCGCAGACAAGGGCUCGUCACCUGAACCCGACCAGAGAUCGGAGGAGGGCGAGAUCAACACAACCCCUAAAGUGUCAGCCUGUAGCACACCAGACAUGCCCAGAAAGCCGUGGGAAAGAACAAACACCAUGAACGGUAGCAAAUCUCCGGUUAUUGGAAGACCUAAAUCCACCACGACACCCUCUGCAUCCCUAACUGCCAACGGUGUGCCAACAGAAGCCGUCGACUAUGACAGGUUGAAACAGGACAUCCUGGAUGAGAUGAGGAAGGAGCUGUCGAAGCUAAAAGAAGAGCUCAUCGAUGCAAUCAGGGAGGAGCUUGGAAAGUCCAGCACGGUGUAGAGGAUCCAAACUCCCUCUCCACAACUGAUAGACGACCACAGCGGAAGAAAUAUCUAACAAUACAAAAACCAAACAAAAACGGUGACAACAAAAAUGGUGACAACAAUCACGCGAGAGAGAGCGAGGACGUUAAUCGGAGAAGUAUCGGACAGGAACAACAGGGACGGAGUUGCGGUUGGGAGGUCGGGUGCUUGUAACUCACAGAAUCCAUCCUCCUACGAAGCCCCGCCCUCUUCUCAUCCUCCUCCUCCUCCUCCUCCUCUCUCUGAGGGGAUCGCUUCCUGAAGGACAGUGUCUGAAAGAGAAGCACAUGUAUUUUAUGCAAAGAUGAUUUCUUUGUCCUAUAAUAGAAAGCAACACACACACAAUACUGAACUCUUUGAUGAUACUGUAUUAACCCAUCGGCACAUCCGUUUUACGUUGAUGCUAAGAAUACGAACUCUUGUGAUUUACUAUCAAAAUGGCACGUUUUAUUAACAGAGUUUGGAGACAGCAAGGGACGGAAAAUUUAAAAAAGAAACGUCUUUUUUCCGAUAAUGCCAUAGGGUAGCGUGCGUGUGCGAAUGCGUGCAUGCCUGCGUGUGAAUGAGUGCGUAUGGGGGACCGACAGUCUCUGGUGAAGUCCACCACUGCAGGACACUGUAAAGCUUGUCUUCCUCAAAUACUAUUUUAACCUGAAUAUGUACAAAAGAAGAGAAGACAAAAAGUUAUUUAGAAUAAAAAUAAAAAAGAAUAAAAAAAUAAAAGCAUCUAUCAACCAUGUCUGUUCCAGUGUAGAUCGUCGGCCAUAUCAUGUAGCUCAAUAGUCCCACCUUUGCAACGGGAUGCUCUCUUGUCCGUCUCUUAGGAAUCAUAACCGUCGACAUUGUGUCCUCAUCAGUACAGCGGAAAGGGCCGCCGCCUCCCUGUAGCCUCCACCAAGCUCUUUCUGCAAAGAUGGAAGAAAAGACUUUUCCUUCCCCGGUUGUCACAUUUAGGUACUCUGUUUUCAUGUGCCGUCUCAGCCCUUUCCUUUCACACGGGCGACGGGUCGCGGGUCUGCCACGAAAGUUGCGCAAGUUUUCUUACAAGCAAUAAGUGUAGCAUCUAUUUUUAAAGGCCCACCCGCCCCCAACAGUCUCUUCUGUCCCUUUUUUUGUUUUUAUUUUUAUUUGUGGCCCCGGGUUGGACGAUGUUACUGCAGAUAUUCGGUGACUCCAAGUCAGAUUUUUUUUUAUCCUUUUAUUAUUAUUAUUAAUAAUUAUUAUUUGACUGCAUUUCUAAAGUUUAUGAAAGGUGAACCGGACAACCUAAAAAGGACGUGAUUGUGCCAUUUUAAUAUUUUGUGUGCUCACUGACGACGUGCGUUUCAUCUUUCUUUUCUCUCUUUGCCUUUUUCUCCUGCCGAGGUCAAAGUCCUUUCCCUCAGAUGUCCCAUGGAUAAAGGGGGGCCGUCACUUCGUAGACCCACUCACGUCUCUUUCAGCUCGGUGCCGAGUUUGUUUUUCACUAAAACGUACAAUCAACCUGAGUGUGUCGCAGGACUGAUGUCUAAAUGCUGUAGCUAUUGCCUCCAAGAUCAGCUGUCAAGGUCACGGGUAUAAAAAAAAAUCUAAUAAAUCCACCGUUCACCUUAUAAAUGUCAGUAUUUCUGAUUUCAAGGGGCGCUCUGAUGAUUUGUCAUGGUCCUUCCAUAAAGUCGGGAGACUUCCAAUAGGCACUUUGUUUUUUUGUUUGUUUAAAUGGAAACACCCAGCCAAGCGCAUCGAUUUGCACUUUCAGACAACAACAAAACCCCACAGAGCAAAUCAACUCUAACAACAAAGCCUCACUUCUCCGACAGGCGACUUUCUCACCAAAGGAUUCAACUCGGCUCGUCUCCUGCUCAACAUAAUCGCCUUUUUCUUUUCUUUUCUUCAUUUCAUUGUUUGUUUUUUUGUUAUCAUUUUUGUUUUUGAGAGAUCUAUCAAACAAGAAAAGACGCCCAACACCAUUUUUUGGACGUGACCUGAAGGUGGCGAGAAGAAGCUUGUCUGUUCGUGAAGCUACGUGGUUUGUGCCUUGUUCCGAAGUUACAUUUAUUAUGUCGAACAUAUAAAGAUGACUAGUAAUAAUAUCUAGGGGGCUGUCGUUAUGAUCACAUGCAGUUGUUAUUUAGUUUGGUUUUCUUUUUUUUCUGUUUAUUUAAAGGGAGAAUUUGAAUGAACUUGGUACUGUUCCCCACCUAAAAAACAUCUGGUUUUUGGUGUGUUUUUUACAUAAAUGGGAUUUAUUUCCGUUUAGUUGUGAGGUUGCUUUUCUAACCGCUCAGAAGUACAAUCUGGCCCUUGAGACGCGAGGCCUGUCAGGGUUCUUUGCUCCGAGAGGAUCUUUUCUAAAGCGGAAGUCGAGAUGAGUCCGAGUAGUCCAUUCAGACGCACAGCUUUUUUGAAACGGUGCUCUGCAGUGAGGUCUGCUCCACGCUGAUGGAAACACUUACCUUUGUGUGUGAGGCGCCGAGUCACGCAGAUGGGUU